AUGUCGUCUAGCUCCGAAGAAUCAGGGUCCGAAGAAGAAACCACUCAACAGCCUCCCAAUAAAAAGGCCAAGACAAGCUUCCUCGCUAGUCAACCUUUGGAAGCCGCCACACAACAAACUGUCGACACAUCCAAGAUAAAGCAUGGCAAACAACCUAUCAUUGUCUUGCUUGAUCAAGCGACUUUGGAGACAGUAAAAAACCGCCGGGGCAUUUACGAAUUGCUCAAUUGCGACGACCACCGCGAAAUCUGCAAAAAGAAACUGAAAAAGAAUCCUAACGAUUUCCGUCCAGAUAUUUUGCACCAAGAAUUGUUGGCCUUGUUGGACUCGCCUCUGAACAAAGCGGGCAUGUUGAAGAUAUACAUCCAUACCGCCACGAAAGUUUUGAUUGAAGUCAAUCCUUCCAUUCGGAUUCCCCGUACGUACAAGCGAUUUGCCGGGUUGAUGGUCCAACUCUUGCACAAGAUGAAAAUUAAGGCCGCCAACGAAUCUACCGCUUUGUUGAAGGUAAUCAAGAAUCCCUUUUCCCAACAUUUGCCCGCUGGAACCCGCUGUUAUGGAUUUUCCUGUCAGGGCACACUGUACAGUCCCAUUCAACUUGCCAAGGCAUUGGUCCCCCUUGAGCCAUCCGACAACGCGCCACCUACUUGUCUCGUAAUUGGUGCCAUGAGUACGGGGCAUAUUACCAUUGAAGAUCACCCAUAUAUCGAAAAGAUGGUGAGCAUUAGUUCAUACCCACUAAGUGGGGCGUCGGCUCUUUCACGGGUUUGUGGGGGAAUUGAACAUCACUGGAAUAUUGUAUAA